CGGAACGUGAUAAUUGUUUCUGAACCGAACAGCUAUGCGGUCAAUUAAUUUCAGUACCCUUAACAAAACCGAACCGCCGUUAAACCGGAACCAAAUUGGCAUUUUAAAAGAGCGUUCAAAGGGUGAUAGGACUCAGACUUGACCGGAGUGGACUCAAUCGGCGAAUCUGACUCGGACGCGGCGGAGUGAUGGAAGAGCUCCCGAUCUUAACCGUGAGUCAGCGCGAGCAGCUUCUGGUGGAGAACGAUGUGUUCGGGAUCUUUGGUUACUUCGACGCCAGCGAUAUUUCUACUCAGGAAUACAUAUAAUUUAUCAGGUAAGCGAAACCCUGAAGAUGAUUUGGAGACCAAACCCGUUCUCAAGAAACAUAAGGAAACAUCCGAGGAGAAGGAGGAGACAACCAAAGGAUUUGCUGAUAGUCUCCAGCACAAGUCUGACCAGGCUAAUUUAAUCUCAGUGAAGGAGGCUGCCAUAAGAAAAAAGAAGACUCUCUGUGUUGGCAAUCUCCCUCUCACAACUACUAUAUCAGAUAUCCUCCAUUUCUUCAAAGAUGCUGGAGAAGUUGUUCGUGUUCGAACUAUCCCGCAAGUUGGUUAAGAAGUUGUGCUUUGGCCGUGUUGACUUUGCAUCUGCCAACGAAGCAAAGAAGGCGCUGGAAAAGAAGAAUGGUGAAUAUUUGCACGACUGUCAGAUAUUUCUUAGAGAGGAUUUUAACGCUCCAUACCCUUUCCGACCCAAGUAAAUUGAUUUUCCAUGUUAUGGAGAUUUGUUUCUCUAACUUAUUGCUUGAGUUUUGAUGCCAUUACAGAAGACUAACGCUAUUUAAUUUUGCUAAUUAGAGGAACACAAGGUCUGGAACCUUCGACAAGAAAGCCUUCCGAUAGAAGAAGAUGGCACACCUCCCGAUUUUGUUGAGGAAGUACUCUUUGUUGCCAAUCUCUCUCCCCAAACUAAAAUAUUGCAUAUGUAAGUAGCACCUUAGAUUUCCGCCUUUCCUUCUCAGAGGAAGCUUUCCACCUUUACAACAAAGAUUUCUUCCAAGAUGUUGGAGAAGUUGUUCGUGUUCGACUUAUUGUAAACCACGAG